AUGAGCUAUAAAUAGGUUGUGGUUCUCUGCAUAUUAUACAUCCUUCCUAAAUUCUUAACUCUUCAUAUUAUGACAAACGUCCCAAACUAAGAUUUCAUAAUUUAAAACUAUUCCCACCUUUUAUAAUUCUUCUUAUUCUUUUUUUUUUCCUCAUGGGGAAUUUAAUUGCAUGCAGUACUUCUCCAAGGGUAAUGAGUUCAAGAGCAACAAGGGUUAUUUUUCAAACCGGAGAAAUUCGAAAGUUUAAUGAGCCAAUAAAAGCAGCAGAGCUUAUGUUAGAAUCUCCCAACUCCUUUUUAGUGAACUCCAGCUCGUUGCUCGUCGGCCGGAGAUUUUCUGCACUAUCGGCCGACGAAGAGCUGGAGUUUGGAAAUAUUUACAUAAUGUUUCCUAUGAAGAAAGUGAAUUCUAUGAUCACUGCAAAAGAUAUUAUUUCCGUCGGAAAACCGGCACCGGAAAGUGAAAAAAUGGUCAAUAACUCGACGGAGAAUAACAGGGUUGGACCGUUAGGGUUUCCAGUGGGACAAGAGUUUAGGUAUAGGGUGAAGGUGUCAUGCAAAUCAAGGAAGCCUUUGUUGGAAACAAUUAUGGAAGAACAAGUUUGUUCAAGGUAGAGGAAUUUUAUUAUAGUUGUCUUUUAUUUUCUUAUGAUCGUCUCGGGUUCGGAACGUACUGACUCAAUUAAUUCAGAUUUGCUUCAUGCGAGGAGGAAAUUUUCUCUACUAAGAAUUUCUUUAUUUUCAAAGCUUUAAUUCCAAAUCCCUAUCUGUUA